AUGUGGGGUACGAGACACUGUAUGGCUUACGUGGCCAGCUGGCAAGGGAUGGCUGCGCAGAUUCUCAGUUAGUCAUUGCAAAGGACUUACUUCAGGAUCAAUCAGGUGAUGCUGAUGAAAAUGCAAGACAGGGAGUGUACUGGCUUAUUAGAGCUUCUGAACAAGGCAAUGAAGAAGCUACGCACACCUUGCAGCAAUGCCUAGAAAGAGGAAAAGGUAUCACAGAAUUGAAUUUUCUUGAUGUAAAAGCUUGCUUAAGCAUGACGCAGAUAGAAAAAUUAGCAAGAAGAGCAGCUCGAAAGUUGUUUGAAAGGUUGUCUGCAGGUGAAGAUUACAUUACUAGUGAACAGUUAAUUCGUGAAAUUCAGCGAGUUAAGCGUGCUAUCGGAAUUUCCACUGGCAACCAUCAAUGGUCUUUUAAUCACAUUACUCUUGGAGGAUUGGUGAAUCGUGAGAACAGAUCUUUAGAAGGAAUUGCUAGUGAUAACAAACAGACAAAUGGAAUCAAUGGCUCUCCUCGUGACCACAUCAAUCACAAUCACAUCAGUGAUGAAGAUGACAAACCAAAAAUACAACCACAACCAGAAGAUUGGGUUGGGAGAACAGACCCGCCUGGAGAGAAAUUGUCUGAAGAACAUCUGGUAUCUGCUGCAGUAACAUAUGCUCAAGGAGAACUGCCUCUAGUUCAAAAAAUUUUAGAUUUGCAAAGACCUGCACCAGCUCUUUCCUUUAAUCCUCUAAAUAUUAUUGCUCAUAUGUAUCUGUUUGUUACUGCUGCUGUUGGCAGUCGAACAUCUCUGAUUAGCAGGCCAUUAAUUACAACAUCGGUUCAGAUUAGCAUUGCUCUAAUAAUUUACUCUUUAAUUGAAUCAGUCAAUUGGAGUACUGUUAUCCCAAUCGCAGUGUAUCACGGAUCCUUUAUGGCAAUGAUAAUUUUUACAUUUCAGAUGUUACACCACCGUCAUGAGUUUCAGCACUUUAGAGCUUGGUCUGGUUUAUUUCUACGCUACAGUGAAGGUAGCCUCAACCCUGACGAAGCAGAAUACCAGUAUUGUAAAAACAACUUAAAACCAUAUGCUCACUUUUUUUUUGCCCUUAUUCUGAAUUUGACCAUGUAUCCUCUUCUGGCUCCUCAUUGGACUCCACACAGUGAAUUAACUGUGCUGUCUUCAAGUUUCAUGUUUCUAUCCCUCUAUGCGUUUUUGAAUUCUGUACCGCGACCAAUAGAGCAACGCCGUACGAUCAACUUCGAAUUUCCUAGGAAGCAGCCUGAUAUUUUAGUAUUGUUUUCAUUUGCUGUAAAUGUGCUUGCUAAAUAUCCCUAUGACUUGGAUACGGUGGUUCUUCAAAGCUGGAGAUUUUUGGAUGUAAAGAUUCCAACUUUUCCAUCGUAUGUCAUAGGACAUGGUAUUGAGUUCUGUUUAAACUUUCGAGCGGUGUUUUACCUCUUGAUGCCAGCAGUCUUCUUCAAGAUCGCGGCUCGAGACCAUUGGCGAGGAACUUACAGAACUUUAAUCCCACAUUGUGUAACUCUUGCUUGGUGGCAGAUUGCUGUUUUGACAGCUCAAGGAAGUACAUGGUAUGGACUUGUGAGGGCUGCUCUUGCUCUUGUUGGGCUUGUAUUUUUCCUGCCUCUUGCUGGACUUGCUUCUCUCCUCUUACCAAUUGCUGCAGCAAUUCGAAUGCUGUAUCUAUCAGCUGGAAGAGAAAUGCUGCAAGUAGCUGGAACCUUACUGGCUGCAUCACCUUUACUCAUUUUAUUCUGGUUGCGUGGUCGUUUUAGUCCAGAAGGAUCUCGUUCAGCAAAAAUUGCUAAAAUUGCAGCAAUGUUGCAGUUGGUUCUGGCUGUAGGAGCAACAGUUCUUCUCCUUACACCAUUUUUUAUCUCUAUGGAUGCUGACCAUAUCCAUCAUGGACAUCCGGUCACUGGUUCAGACAAUCAUGUCAUGGGGCAUGACAAUAGAGAAGUGAAUGAUUUUGUACUGACAUGGGAACAGUAUGAGUCUAUGUGCCAUAAGCCAGCUUGGGAACAAAGUACUGUUGCUUAUGUACAACAGUUAUGUUCACCUUUGGAAGGACUUCGAGUGAAAUGGGAUGGCUAUGUGUCCAAUACAAAAAUAACCAGGGUUCGCAAUCCUUGGCUAGAAAUAGUAAAGAGACUUCCUCAAGGAUUGGGAUCAGUAUUUGCCUGUGCGAUUGGAAGUCUCAAUGAGCGAAAAUCCCAUGAGGAGAUGUGCAGCUCUUCUCUCUAUCCUUCAGCAUCUGACCAGCAGCAUUGCAAAAAAAUCAGGCAGCUAUCAAGCCACACUGACAGAUGCUCUUUAAUCGACUGGAACAGCUAUGAUUUUGAAGUGGCUAUUAAAAUGAAGAAUGUUUUGUGGGGAAAAUCAUCAGUAGAUGCCUUCUUACUAGCUGAUAAUCAGUUCCGCAAUAUGACAUUUCAUCUUCGCCCAGGAGAUCACAUAUGGUUUAGUGGAACAAUCACUCGCAUUGAAACAGACAAUGGUCCAGAACCGCGCAUUGAUCUAGAAACAAUGGGCUGCCUUCAAUGUGACAGAGGUCCUGUUUUACUGUGGGAAAAGUCCCAUCAAAACUUUUCAUUAACUUCACUCACUAGCUACUUUUAUAUCUGUGUAAGAUUUGUCCUGAACUGUUUAUUUAAUCCAAUUGUUAUAUUCAAAUGAAAAGGUUGAAUUGUCAAAGGCAUUCAUAUCUCAACAACCAACAAAUGUAUGCAACUUGACAUUGUUUAUUUUUUACUUCAAAAAUUGAAGACUGGAUGUAUUUUGCAUUCUCUGUGAUAUAUUGCAAUAUGGUAUUACAAUUUCUUCUAAACUAAACUUAAAUAAUUAUAGUAUUAGUUCACCUAAUUGGUUAAAGUUACUGAUCAAAAGAACUUGCGUACAUUAUAAGAGGUUCUAAAACGAAUGUUAACACCUGAGAGAUUUAAUUUUAAAUAUAAGCCCAAAGACAUUACCAAACUUUUUACACUUAAUUAAUAUUUUUAUGGAAUUGUGUUCAGAUGACUUUCUGGAAGUUUUUUUAUUUAUCUUGCCUUUUUAUCUAUUAAUUAUUUUUAUUGAUGUGUUUGAACUCUCGACGUAUUAUUAUUUACUUGCCUGGUGCAACAGAUAUGAGAUGUAUGCAUAAUUCUAAGUAACUACAAUUACGUUUUUUUAAUGUUUCUUGCCAUCAUGGAGUUUGAUGUAAGGUGUUCCUCUGCUAACAUGAGCCCGAAUCCUGUAUCAUAAAUGAAAGCAGGGUUUAGACUGGAAGGUUCACCAUGAGAGUGACAAUAUAGGGCUCUCUGAUCUAGGACUGAUGUGGUGGAUUCUAAAUCGGUGUACAUGUAACAAAUAUAAAUUUUUAUUAGCA